AUGAAGGAUCUUUUAGUAACUAUUGAGGAUCUAAAAAUCACAAAUAAUCUCAAAGAUAUCUUUGAUUUGAAACCAACUUUAAUAGAGUUAGAUAGGGUUUUAGAAUAAAUAGUUUUCAAAUAGACUGAAUAUCAUAAAAGAAAGAGAAAUAAGAAAGCAACUCUGAGGCUACGAGAAUAUCUUGUGAGAAAAGGUAAAUAUUUAUUAAUAAACUAGUUAGACAUUGUUGAUGAAGAAGAGGAGGGAUAAAUACCUUUUUCAAGGUCAAAUGAGAAUAGUGUUAUAACCUGUGACAUUUUCAUCUCAAACUCCAGCUAUUAUUCAAAUGCCCAAAGAAAAUCUAGAUACAACACAGAUUAUAGUGUAAGUGUUAAUGGAACAAAAAUGAGGAGCAAGUCACCAUAGAAAGAGAUAGUAUUUACUAAGGAAUAGCUUGAUGAAAUUGAGAGAAAGAGAUAAAUUAUCAUUAAACUAAAAACUAAAAAAUAGAUUGAGAAUGAAGAUACAAAUUAAUUAGCCUUGAAAAAGAGUGAGUGA